UUUGGAAAAAGGUUCAACAGAAGCAUGGUGUCGCAUGGUGUGGUGUCAACUGAGGCUUGGGUGAAGACAAUGAAAAUAAGAAGGAAUUGAGAAGUUCUUGAUGGCUGACAGAAAAGUUUGGAAAGUAAAUCGGGACCUUGCUUGCUAUGUGCUUUAUGCUAUGAUUGAGGUUUGGCUUUUGCAGAAUGGCCAGUUUGGUUGAGAGCAAAAAGGUUCAUAAUCAAAUUUCACAGGGGAACCACGAAUUUUAUUCCUCCGAAACUGGUUCUUGUUUUUGUGCUUUGUAGCGACUAGCAGACUCAAGCUUCGUAACCUUAUAGGCUUAUACUGAUUUUAUACCAUACUGAACCAAUUCAAAUUUAUUACCUAUUAUUGAACCAACAGCAUAACAAUUUUUAGCAUCAACCAUUUACUUUAAUCUAAGGGCUUGGUCAAUUUAUUCAGAACUAAAAAUGGAGCUCCAGAGCGAGUAACAGCCGCGCCUAGCCACGAAUUCUCAGAAGCUAGAACUUUAAAUAAAAUUAUGAUAUUGGUUAUCAAGCAUAUCUAAAAAAGCCCUUGAAAUUUGCCAUAACCAUUUUCAUAAAUAAACAAUUCAAACCCUUUUUUGUUUUCAAAUUUUGAAAAAGGAGAAUCAAAAGAGGUUUUAAAGCACUGGUACUCAUCUAGAUGUAAUGGCGUUUGGAGGCGGGAUUGUGGUGAAAGAAACUGAUGGGUAGGUGAAAGAAGGGAAAUUGGUAAAGAAAACCAAAGAUCCCAUUCUGACGACCAAAACCCAACAGCAAAAGAAAGCACAAAACCCGUACUAUGAUGCCAUUGAAAAAGUUUGAUGUGCAGGGCUAAUGGAAAGGCAGGGCAGCCCGUAGAGAACCCACAGGAUUAUACAUGCUUUGGUGCGCUAGGCAUGUUCUCUUGGUGCAGUAAGUUUGUUUCACAUGGAACUGACUGUCUCAAUCGUGCAUUCAUGUGGCAUGUGUUUUAGUGGGCAAGGGUUGAGAAGUGCUAUAGUUUUUGAAGCAGAGAGAGGAUGUAGGAAUGCUUUAGGAAGAAAAAUGAGGUUUAAUAAUUUUCUCCUCGAUAAAGUUUCAAAAAUUUGUUCUCGAUCCAAGCACAAGUUUUCAGAAAAGUUAUUGGAGGAAGUACAUAAUUAUGAUACAGCCAGUAUUGUAGAUCGCUCAAAGCUGCUAAAUAAGGUAUCAGUUUUGAUGGGUUAUAAUGGUCUUCAUGAUUUAAUUGAGAAUGAAAGACCUGAUGAGCAACCUGAUAGAAAUCUCAAAGACACCACAGAUGAUUUUGAACUUUCCUUGGCAUGUAAAAGAUUUCCUUCCAUCACUUUGGGUAGUUCCCCCCCAGUAGAACUGUAUGAUGAGACAACUAGUAGCUCACGAAUCAGGGGCCUCUUAGCCGCUCAAAGAUUUUUCUUUAACUCUAUGGAUGAAAAGUGGGUUAAUCCAAAUGGUCUGUGUGAAACAUGGCCUCCUCUAUAUCAACCCCUUUCAGAGGCUGGUUCUUCUAUAGUAGUAGAAGAAAGUACAGACAAUUUGCAUCAGUCUUCUUGGUCUACAACUUUGGAAUCUGAAGAUAAGUCAGAUCAUCUACUUACUGUGGCAAAAAGUACUGGCAAUUUGCAUCAAUCUUCUUGGUCCAUGACUUCAGAAUUUGAAGGAAAGUCAGAUCAUCUUACUGUGGAGGAAUCUUCUAGCAAAGUGGGGUUUGAACCACAGUCAGAUGCUGCAACUUUUGAUUUAUUUCUUGAUAGAUCCAUCAGUUGCAUUCCUGGUUUAAGUAAAAGGCACUCUCACCAGCUAGAAGAAUGUGGCUUUUACACUUUGCGGAAACUGUUACAUCAUUUUCCUCGGACUUAUGCAGAUUUACAGAAUGCGCAAAUUGAGAUCAACGAUGGGCAGUACUUGAUUUUUGUUGGGAAAAUUUUGUCUUCAAGGGGAAUUCGAGCCAGUUAUUCUUUUUCAUUUCUUGAGGUGGUUGUGGGUUGUGAAGUUGCAAAUAAUGAACCAACUUUGGGGCACAUAUAUGAUGAUGAUAGGGAUACUGAGGAGGAGAAGACUAUCUAUUUGCAUUUGAAGAAGUUUUUCCGCGGUGCUCGUUUUGCUUCUCAACCUUUUCUUAGAAGUCUUGAAGGAAAGCAUAAAUUGGGAGAAUUUGUAUGUGUUAGUGGUAAGGUGAGGGCUAUGGGUACUAAAGAUCACUAUGAAAUGAGGGAAUACAGUAUUGACGUGCUAAAAGAUGAAAAUGAUUCAUCUGUUCUCACAAAAGGGAGGCCUUAUCCUAUCUAUCCUUCAAAAGGUGGCUUAAAGCCGAAUUUUCUCAGAGACAUCAUUGCAAGGGCUUUACAAGCUUUGCCGGUCAAUAUUGAUCCAAUACCUGAAGAAAUCAUCCAAGAAUUUGGACUUUUAUGUCUCCAUGAUGCAUACAGUGGUAUUCACCAGCCAAAGAAUUUAGAGGAGGCUGAUUUAGCUCGCAAAAGGCUCAUAUUUGAUGAGUUCUUCUAUCUACAGUUAGGACGCUUUUUUCAAAUGCUUGAAGGUCUUGGCACAAAAAUUGAAAAAGAUGGAUUGCUGGACAAGUACAGAAAACCUGAAGUGAAUGCUGCUUAUAUGGAAGAAUGGUCUAGUCUGACCAAGAAAUUUUUGAAAGCUCUUCCAUAUUCCCUUACCUCUGGUCAGCUUAGAGCUAUUUCAGAAAUUAUAUGGGAUCUGAAGAGGCCAGUCCCAAUGAAUCGACUCUUACAGGGAGAUGUUGGAUGUGGGAAAACCGUGGUAGCUUUUUUGGCAUGCAUGGAGGUUAUUGCCUCUGGUUAUCAGGCCGCUUUCAUGGUUCCUACUGAGUUGCUUGCAAUCCAGCAUUAUGAGCACUUCAUCAAUCUGCUAGAGAUUAUGGAGGAGGUUGAGUGUAAACCUUCUGUUGCUUUACUAACAGGAUCAACCCCACUGAAGCAAUCACGUCUGAUUCGUAAGGAUCUCCAAACUGGGAAUAUCUCUCUUGUCAUUGGAACCCAUAGUUUAAUAGCCGAAAAAGUGGAGUUUUCUUCGUUACGUAUUGCUGUGGUGGAUGAGCAGCAUCGUUUUGGUGUUAUCCAGAGGGGAAAGUUUAACAGUAAGCUAUAUUAUACUUCUACAAGCUCGAGAAUGCAAGUGGCGGACUCAGAUGUUUCCUCUAAACAUGACACACAUAUGGCUCCUCAUGUUCUUGCCAUGUCAGCUACCCCUAUCCCAAGGACGCUUGCUCUGGCUUUGUAUGGGGAUAUGUCCUUGACACAUAUUACAGACUUACCUCCUGGAAGAAUACCUGUUGAAACACAUGUCAUUGAAGGAACUGACAAGGGCUUUGAGAAUAUUUAUGCGAUGAUGCUAGAGGAAUUGGAAGCAGGAGGAAGAGUGUAUCUUGUAUAUCCAGUCAUUGAACAAUCUGAGCAAUUGCCUCAGCUUCGGGCUGCCUCUGCAGAUCUUGAGACCAUAUCAGAUCGGUUUCAGGAUUAUAACUGUGGGUUGUUACAUGGAAGAAUGAAGGGUGAUGAAAAAGAAGAAGCUUUGAGAAGGUUUAGGUCUGGAGAAACAGAUAUACUGCUUUCCACUCAAGUAAUUGAGAUUGGCGUUGAUGUUCCAGAUGCAUCUAUGAUGGUUGUUAUGAAUGCGGAGAGAUUUGGAAUAGCUCAGUUACACCAACUUAGAGGACGAGUUGGUCGUGGGACAAGAAAGUCUAAAUGUAUACUAGUAGCAUCUACUGCUGGUAGCCUAAAUCGCCUGAACGUGCUUCAGAAGUCAUCAGAUGGCUUCCACUUAGCAAGUGUGGAUCUUCUUCUACGUGGACCUGGUGAUUUACUUGGCAAAAAACAGUCUGGACACCUUCCUGAGUUUCCUGUUGCCAGAUUGGAAAUGGAUGGCAAUAUUUUGCAAGAGGCACAUGUUGCUGCAUUGAAAAUCUUGAGUGAUUCUCAUGACUUGGAUCGAUUUCCAGCACUCAAAGCAGAACUUAGCAUGCGACAGCCACUUUGUCUUCUGGGUGAUUGAGCUAUGGCAUGGUAAAUUCAAGUUAUCAUAAUUUAUGUUGAGCAUAGGCUGCAGUCUUUGCAUGGGACUUAGACCUUCCUCUUAUAGGAUCCUCUUUAGGUGGGUUACUUGAUUUUUUGGCUGUAUGCUCAUUCGAUGUGCUGUAAAUCCACAAUCAUUUAGUUAAAGCUGUACAGUUUUCAAUGUUGUAUAUUCUACUGUGAAUAAAUGAAGUUGAUUGUUCCAUUUAAAAGAAAAAGGUUGAAAUACAAUUCUACAAGUUCAUAAUAGUGGCAUGUCACAGCAUCUAGCCACUUCGAGUAA